AUUGUUGUUGUUAUUAGUUAUGGGUGCGGGUGAGUGUGGAGGCGGGUGAGAGGCGGGUGAUGAAGGGCGACCCUUGCCAGAAGCAAGCCUGUGCCAUCCAGCACUGCUUGAAGGUUUAUAACUACAAAGAAGCUGCUUGUCAAGCACAAAUAGCCGCACUGCAAGAGUGUUGCAAGAAGUGGGGCAAGGAGUCCGGCUGCUGUGCCGGCGUGAAACUAAAUAAUCAAAGUACCAACGAGAACAACAACAAGACACCUGACUUUACUCCUGGUUCUGAUGCCUAAAAGGAAUGUCUAAACCAGGCAGUCCUCAAAUCAGGGCACCAAAACCUGUAUUUCCUGGAAACUACCGGUCAGGUCCAGCAGGCCCGGUAUUCCAAGAUGUUCAAAAAUACAAAUUAAACCAAAGUGGAAGGCCAGAUUCCAGACUAGAUGGGUUGUCAUCAGGUACCCAUCAGGCACAAAAAUUAAGGAAGAUUGGUCGUUUUCAGCGUUGGACGCAGCUCAACCCAUAUAAAUUCCAUUUUACUGCAGUAGGCUUAGGGCUUUUACUGUUUUUCAACAAGCCCAUAUAUGACUUUUUCCUGAAUGAAGGAAAAGAAGGACCUCGAGUAAAAGGAGAACGAGGGUAUAGAGGUUGAAAUAUAAGACCUCAAUAAUGGAAUCUGUGAGAAAAUCACAAGGUCGUCUUCAAAUGUACCCUAAGCUAGUUGCCGAGUGUAGGUCUACUGCAGUAGAAUAUGCUCGCUGUGUAGCACUGAAGGAAAAUGUUCUUAAAGGUGAUUGUGCU